UCUCACACCGCUUAGAUCUUUAUCAACACCCCAAAUUUCCUGGUUUUCUUCAUCCAGCGGGAGACGCACACGGCUGCACAUCUGAGUCGCAGCGCAGGGGGUCAUGGAUCUGGGAUACAACUUUGUUUUUAAAGUGGUGUUAAUCGGUGAAUCCGGUGUUGGGAAGAGCAACCUGCUGUCCAGAUUCACCAAGAGCGAAUUUAACCACGACAGUCGCACCACCAUCGGGGUGGAGUUCAGCACCCGCAGCCUGCAGCUGGACGGAGUCACCAUCAAGGCUCAGAUUUGGGACACAGCCGGACUGGAGCGCUACAGAGCCAUCACUUCAGCGUACUACAGAGGAGCGGUGGGAGCUCUGCUGGUCUAUGACAUCUCCAAACACCUGACCUACGAGAACGUGGAGCGAUGGCUGAAGGAGCUGUACGACCACGCCGACCCUCACAUCGUCAUCAUGCUGGUGGGGAACAAAAGUGACCUGGCGGCUCAGCGCACCGUACCGACCGAGGAGGCGAAAGCUUUCGCAGAAAGUAAAGGUUUGCUCUUCAUGGAAACUUCGGCCCUCAACUCCACCAACGUAGAACUAGCGUUCCUUCAUGUCCUAGCAGAAAUCCAUAAGAAGGUGGCGAGUAAGCAGGUCACCCGUGGGUCCAUCAGCGCUGUAACUUUGGGCACCACAGGGCCGAUGGGUGAAGUUAUGGAGGAACGCAGGAGCUGCUGCAAAAAACAGUGAUCAUCACACAACUGGAUUUAUUAUUAUAAUAUUAUUAUUAUUAACAUUAUUAUGGGAUGAGUACGAUCCUCACACAGACAUCAUCAACAAGAUUUCUACACUAUAGCAGUGAUUAACAGUACCGGGUUGUGUUCCAAUACUGUUCUAACGCCCUCCUCCACUUCUCCCCUCGGUUGAGGUCCUGAUCCUCUGUGAUGCUGCUUCCUUUAUUGUACAGUUUGUACAUUCUGGCUUUAAUUGAGCAAUCAGUGAGAACUGGCAACACUACCAAAACAGUUGUAAAUAUGGGCGUGGUGCGGCUGGGUGUGUGAAAUUUCAGAGAAAAGCAGACGUUAUGGUGCAAUAAUUAAUUCAGUCCUGACGUCCCGGCUUAAAAACAGCUUCAACCAGCUUAAGGUUUUCUGAUUUCCUCCACUGGUUUAGCUGGCACAGCCUGACCAGCAUCCAAAACCAUUCAGAAACCAUCAAACCAGACCAGUCUGAGGGGCAGAAGGGUGAGAGGAGGCGACUCCAGUACCUUCAGCUUCAUAAACACAGUUUACCUGUUUGUCUUCCUCAGCCCUGUAUAUAGAGAUGAAACAUAAACAUGUUUGUUCAUGCCUGUGUGGCCCUCAGUUCUCCCACAGGGGCCCCUUGUUCUUAAUGUUGGUGGGCAAAUCAAAGUGACUCGUGUGAACAUCAAUACAAAGCUGGCAAGGAUGCAGUGUAAAACAGUACUGGAACACAAAACCUGAUGUAUGUUGGUCACUGUUGGGCCCUUGAGUGAGGCCCUUAACCCUCAAUUGUUCAGACUGUAUUUGGUCACAGAUAUAAUAGUUUUUGUAUUAAAGUGUCAGCAAAACGCCAAAAAUGAUGCAUUUGUCUUGCUAUAAAUGUAUACUUUAUUUAAACUGUAUGCAAAUCAUUUCUAUUCACUAUAUGGCCAAAAGUAUGUGGACACCCCUUUUAUUUACUGAGGUUUAGUGUUUCAGCCACAUCCAUUGCAUUCAUAUCUAUAUGGCUUACACUAUAAUCUCAGGUGUCCACAUAUUUUUGGCCAUAUAGCAUAUUUACGCAAAUAUAUAAUCUGAUAUAUUGAAAUUUGGAGGUUUUUUUAAUUUAUUCCUGUGAUGCCCAAAAUGUCUUCUCACAUACAUACACAAACACACACAUGCAGCAUAUCAGUCUGAUUUAUAAAUAAAAUGUUUAUAAUCUCACAUUCUCAAACCAUCAGAAAAGUGUUUAUUAAAAUAACAGUAUUUAUAAAUCAUU